AUUUCCUCCCAGAAUGUGGUGUGUAUAUUCAUUUUGGUAAGCAAAAAUUUUUGAUUCUGAUAAAGUCUCAUUUGUUAGACUUUUAUGCUAUUGCUUUCUGUGUCUUAAAAGACCUUUGCCCAGGCCCCAAGUUGCAGAAAUAUUUUGAUAUAUUUUCUUCUGUCAGCUUUAUAGUUUUAGAUGACAUGUUUAAAUCUAUUUGGAAUUAAUUUUUCCGUAUGGUGGGAGGUAGGAGUCCGAGUUGAUUUUUUUCCUUCUGGAUGGCCAGCAGUUCCAGCACUCUCUUACCCUUUCUCCAUUAGAUCACUGUCACAUCGCUAUAGACACAGUAAAGGACAGGCUGUUCUCCUUGGCUUUCUUGGCUAUCCCAGUGUGGAGAGAGAAAAGUUAUUCCUUUCUCGUGUCCUAACCCCAUCACUUAUAUCUAGAUAUAUUCCAGAUACUCCCAAGUUCUACCUCAUAAGCCUAUGGAAUUUUCUUGGGUUGGCAAUGAGUUGUAGUGACUGGUUUAUGUGUUCUGUCUGGACAAGGAUGGCCAGUGUCCCAGUGAAGGAGCGAGUGAAGGUGUCUCAGAACUGGAGGUUGGGGCGCUGCCGGGAGGGGAUUCUGCUGAAGUGGAGAUGCAGUCAGAUGCCCUGGAUGCAGCUCGAAGGUGAUUCUCUGUACAUAUCCCAGGCUAAUUUCAUCCUGGCCUAUCAGUUCCGCCCAGAUGGUGCCAGCUUGAAUCGUCGGCCCCUGGGAGUCUUUGCUGGGCACGAUGAGGAUGUUUGCCACUUUGUGCUGGCCAACUCGCACAUUAUCAGUGCGGGAGGAGAUGGGAAGAUUGGCGUUCAUAAGAUUCAUAGCACCUUCACUGUCAAGUACUCGGCUCACGAACAGGAGGUGAACUGUGUCGAUUGCAGAGGGGGCAUCAUUGUGAGUGGCUCCAGGGACAGGACGGCCAAGGUGUGGCCUUUGGCCUCAGGCCGGCUGGGGCAGUGCUUACACACCAUCCAGACCGAAGACCGAGUCUGGUCCAUUGCUAUCAGCCCAUUACUCAGCUCUUUUGUGACCGGGACAGCUUGUUGUGGGCACUUCUCACCCCUAAGAAUCUGGGACCUCAACAGGGGGCAGCUCAUGAUGCACCUGGGCAGUGACUUCCCCCCAGGAGCUGGGGUGUUGGAUGUCAUGUAUGAGUCCCCUUCCACACUCCUGUCCUGUGGCUAUGACACUUACGUUCGCUACUGGGACCUCCGAGCCAGCGUCCGGAAGUGUGUCAUGGAGUGGGAGGAGCCCCACGACAGCACCCUGUACUGCCUGCAGACAGAUGGGAACCACCUGCUGGCUACGGGUUCCUCCUACUAUGGCGUCGUGCGGCUGUGGGACCGGCGCCAGCGGGCCUGCCUGCACGCCUUCCCCCUGACCUCGACCCCCCUCAGCAGUCCCGUGUACUGCCUGCGCUUCACCACCAAGCAUCUCUAUGCUGCGCUGUCUUACAACCUCCAUGUCCUGGACUUUCAAAACCCGUGACAGGGCCACCCCUGCCUGUGGGGCAGGGAAGCCAGCUACUCAGGGACCUCUCCUGCCUGGAGGGUGCAGUGAUACCUCCUCCCCGGCCGUGCCUGUGCUCCUGGACCACAUAAGGUAGAGGCUGUCAACUCUCAGAAAUGUGGCAUCACCUCCCAGGAACUAGUUGGGAUAGACGGGAUCUGCUGCUUUGAGAGAACAGCUGACCUGGGCCGGCCCUUGCUUCCCUGGUGGCCAGAGCAAGAGUCCAGCCUGGACGGGGCCCCCCCUUCUUAAAGCCGUGACAGCUCUGAGGGAGGGGUGGUGCUCCGGCUGGUCCCUUUCUGCCCCUUCCUUGGAAGGAGGGGUGAGGCUGCCGCUGUCCUGCUCUGGCACCGGCCCCCACCUCCUCACUCAGACCAUUCCCUUGACUGAGCUCUUGGGGCCCAUUCCUGGGAAAAACUGAGGAAGGCUGAGUGAGCACUGAGCCAGCCCAACUGGAGGCCGGCUGCUGAGACCUGCUAUGUUUGUUUUUGUAAAAAUAAAGCUUGAUUGUUCACA